AUGCCCACCUGUAACAAGUUUAACCACCACUUUGUCUGUCAACAGUGGCAAGAAGUAAAGCGACUUUAUGACCAGGAGUUAAAGGACAUCGUGGGUCCCCUGAUCGGUAACAGUUCUGAUGGAGACUCGCGGAGGCGGAAAAUAAUGCUACAGCUCGCCACGGUCGAUGUCGGUAACAGACUCAGGCCCAUUCCUCGAAAUCUAGGCUUUAUUUUUUCUUGCAGAAAACUGGACACAGACGAGAAUGGCUAUCAUGUUGAGGACAUGUGUGAUCAAGAUUACGUUCACAACCACAAGAAACUACUCAACCCCUUGGAUCACGCAACCCGUGUGCUUAGAAUGGACGAGCAUCUUGUUCACAUGAACCAUCUACAACUAGUCAGCGAAGUCUUUCCUUUCGCCGAUCAUGGUUUGGGCGUAAGUGACAUCGAACGUCGUGACAGACAGAAUUGGAGAUCUGCUCAGAAAUUAACAUUUCCAAAGGUACAAGAAUGUCUCGAAGCCUUGAUUAAUGGAACAGUGCCAGGACGUCCUCCUAAUAUCACCCUAUUGGGAACGAAGAAGUAUCUUUUAAUCAUCUGGUAUUACGUGGAGAUCUUCUGUAGCUCUGUUGCAUCAUUAACCAAUAGAAUCAAGUACGCAGCCAUCGUUACACACUUCCUUGGAAUUUGGCGGAAUUGGGUCUAUCGACACAGGAACUUGAAGCUUUCAGUGAACUUUAUCUCCAGAGAGACCUACACAGAUGUCAUUUUAUCCUGUCAUUUUGCAGUGAUGCUUAUCGUCUACAUGAGAGACAACUUCCCUCAGGAGGACUGUCGACCUGACAUAACUGGAUCCGAUGUGCUGGAAGACUUCUCGAGUAAGAACGGCCAGUGGGUGGGUAACCACCAUAACUACAUCUUCGGAGAUUUGAGACGCAAUACUUCACACAUGAUUCGUUUAGAGGAGAUUCGCGUGGACCCAUCCGCUCCAGAAUUUGCAAAGCCGCAUCCCAAACAGGAGAGUAUCUGGGGACAGCAGUACCCACGACCGUUCAAUAUGGCUAAUCUGAAGGAGUAUCCGGCCAUUGGCGAAGAAAUAGAAGUGUGGAAGCAAGGAAUCAAGAUUGCAAGAAGGUUGGCGAGGUCCGUUGGAAUGAUACCUACCGUUAGUGCUCAAGAUGAAGACAAUAACGAUGAUGACAAUGACAACGAUGGUCAUCAGGGAAGUGAAAGUGUUAGUAACUGUCUGGAUAACGAUGGCCAACAUAAUGAGGCGAAUGUAGGUGAUGGCGACUAUUGGUUUUACCGUCCCUUUGAGUGCUUAGGGAACACAUUCCGUUCCAACCAGGACGAAGACGAUGAAGACCCCGACUGUUCGCCUACCUCUUGUGACGAAGAGGAUAUCAGUGCUGGAGGUCCUACAAUUUCAGGUAAAGUAACAAUUUACCAACACAGCCUUAUUUAUGUCCACUUUUAGAAAUUGUCAAACCUAUGAAAAAUUAAUAUUAACGGUACUUUUCGUAUGGAAACAUUUAAUCACAGGCACUGUUGUAUUGUUUUCAGAUGAACUGCAGCCACUUUGUGAGGGUCUAGAUGAUGUGCAACCACUCUUUCAUGGCCUAGGGGAGCUUGAUUCAGAUGAGCUGUCGAAUGCUGAAGCGUGUUUGCCUAACCAGGGAAAGAUUUCUCCCAAAGUUGCCAUUCCUGGUAGGAACGAAGAAGUCUACAAGGCAACGCUGGUUUCUCUAUUAAAUGAGGAUCCACAAUUAUCUCACGACAGGUAUUACUUUGAAAAUUAUUCUAAACAUUGGGCGACACGGUUGUGUUAUAAAACAAUUGUCAGUUAACAAUACACAAUUUGUAUUUUUUGUUGCCUUGUUUGCUACAGAUUGCAAAGGGUUCGUCAACGCCAAGAAUAUAGAAAUUCAGGAGAUGCACCACAUUCUCAGGAUGCCGACUCUAGUAGAGUUGCUUUGUUUAACGAUUAUGCAGUAGUGGACAGACGAAACAAAACAUAUGUGAUCGGUAGUCUUGUCCGUCUUGUUCGUGUUGGAGACCAUGGCCGUCAAGAGUAUAAAAGACCUGUGGCAUACAAUGACCCGAAGAAAGAAAGUAUUAAGUGUUUCUUCCAAGCUUACAAUAAGAUUGGACAGAAUUCUUUCGAGGUUUCUACGGCCAAGGUUGUUGAAUUCCCAUUCACCGAUAUCCUGACGCAUGUUAACCUGGCGGUCUCCGAUGCAGGCAAUACCCUCGUUAUCUUUGAGGAGGAGCACAGGGAAGUCCAGCAAAGCGUGGAGAAAGUGUUUGAGCAACGGCGAUCAAGGAGGACUAUCACGACCGCUUUAGGAUCUCUCUCGAGCACAGCACACGAUGGGUUCAUCGGCAGUGACGAUGGAAGGGUGGUAGUUCAAGUUGAGCCAGAGCAGCAAACUGAGGGAGGCCCGCGAAGGUCCACCAGAAGACGCCACGCGAUUGUGUACGAUUCCUAA